AUGGGUAAUUGUUCUUUCAAAGGGAUAGCUGAUGGCUUCCCAAACAGCAUCCGGGUUUUAACCGAUUCCGGGACUAUACUUGAGUUGAAGAGCCCGAAACUAGCUAGAGAAGUUCUUGAAAACUAUCCAGGCUAUGGCAUUUUCCCUCGAGGCCAUGCCUCAUCACCAUUGGCUGAUCAUGAACGCCUCGUUAGCGGCCAAUUUUACUAUCUUCUUCCCCUGGAAAAGCAGCAAAAACAACAGGUACAGGUAGCUGAGAAACUAGACCUCAAAUGGGUGGAGCAGAUGGAGCCACCGAAGAUGUCUUCUGCAGAUUUUGUUGACAGUUUGGCAAGUGGGUCAGCUUUUGAAGUGCUGCCAUCGCAAGGAAAUGGUGUUUGGAAAGUGAAGUUGGUGAUCAGUACAAAGCAGUUGGAGGAAAUUUUCUCGGAAGAGGUUAACACAGAGGCCUUGAUUGAGAAAAUGAGAAUGGCUGCUAGCUCAGCUAGCCUCACGCCCAGGCGGACCAAGAACUCUUGGGUGGUGGGCUGGAGGAAGCCAGCACUUUUCAAUGUGUUCAAGGUGCCCACUGAGACUGGGAAAUAA